UAUUUCCAUAAAAGGGGUGAACACAUGUAUAUAUUUUAAAAACUGUCAUUAGAUACUACUAUUUGUUUCUUAUUUGUUCUAAAAUUACAUCUUUUUAGAAUAUCAUAAUUUAAAAAAAUGGAAGAUUUGAUAUUGGAUUUUGAUCAAAGCUGCUUGUAAUAAAAAGUUUUAUAGGAUGAUGAGGUUGAAUUUCAAAACAGUAUUACUUGUAAUAAUAGUUGCAGUGUUAAGUUCAAUAUUAACAUCUUGGAAUAAUUGUGGUAGUCCAUCAUUUUUUAAAAAUACUGAUUGGAAAUCAAAAUUUCAACAUAAAGAUCGAUUAAACUUAGAAACUGGAUAUCAAGAAAUAGAUUGUCACAUAAAUGGUGAUUAUUCUAUUGGAUGUCGUAAGGAAGGAGAUGAAGUUUAUAUACCAUUCUCAUUUAUUCAUAAAUACUUUGAGAUUUAUGGAAAGCUAGCUACCUAUGAUGGUUUAGAAAGAUUUGAAUGGCUACACAGUUAUUCCAAGAUUGUUAAUCCUAAAGGAAAAUAUGAUCCUAGAGGAGUGUUUAUGACCUUUGAGAAUUAUAAUGUUGAAGUUCGAGAACGUGUCAAAUGCAUUAGUGGAAAUGAUGGAGUACCAAUAUCUACUCAAUGGGAGAGUCAAGGAUAUUAUUACCCUACUCAAAUUGCUCAAUUUGGAUUAUCACAUUAUAGUAAAAAUUUAACAGAACCAGAGCCUCACAGAAAAAUAAUUGAAGAUUCAGAUAAAGUUAAAAGAGAAUGGAUUAUACCUCAAGGAUCUAUUGCAUCUAAAAUAUUUGAUAAAUAUGCUAAUAGUUAUGUAAUGAAAUUUGCAACACCAGAAACUAGUACUUCUGGUAUUACUUUAAAGUUAGAUCAUGUGCUAGAUUUUGUAUUAAAAUGGGAUUUUAAUAUUAAAGACAAUGGAAGUAUCAUGAUUACAUUGCAAUCUAGAGAAAGAAAAGAAAUAUAUUAUCUUCAUUAUAUUACUAGUAAUAUAGUGUUACAUACUUAUAACAAUCAUGUUUAUUAUGGAAUUGGUCAAAUUAAUCAUCAGUGGAGAAGAUUCACUAGAGAUUUAGUUAUAGAUCUUCAAAAAGGUUUAUAUUUAAAUGAUAAAAAUAAAAAGAAAAUGUCUCGUUCAAAAUUGAAGAUUGUGAAGAUAACAUUAUAUGGAUCUGGAAUGAUUGAUAAUGUAACAUUGUCUACAAGUGAACAUAUGGAACAAUUUUAUGAUGCAGCUAGAUGGUUUGUUAGUAAUCAGAAUAUUACUUCUGGUGGUUGGGCAAAUCCUGUACGAAGAAAAGUAGCUACUGGAAUGGCUACUCUUGAACCUGGAUGGUAUUCUAGUAUGGGUCAAGGCCAUGCAAUUUCUGUAUUAGCAAGAGCAUAUUAUCAUUCUGGUGAAGAAAAAUAUUUACAAGCUGCUGUUAGAGGUCUUCAACCUUUUAAAUUAUCAUCUAAUAAAGGAGGAGUAGCUGCAGUAUUUUUAAAUAAAUAUGUGUGGUAUGAAGAAUAUCCUACAACACCUUCUUCGUUUAUACUUAAUGGAUUUAUUUAUUCUUUAAUUGGUUUAUAUGAUUUAAAAAGCAUAGCAACAGGUAAAGAUGCGGAAGAAGCAUCCCGCCUUUUUAAUCAGGGUAUGACAUCCCUGAAAAACAUGUUAACAUUAUAUGAUACAGGUUCUGGUACUACAUAUGAUUUGCGUCAUUUUACAUUAAAAACUGCUCCAAAUUUAGCUAGAUGGGAUUAUCAUUCUACUCAUAUUAAUCAACUUCUUCUUUUAAAUUCAAUUGACAAUGAUUCGAUUUUUACUACUACAGCAGAACGUUGGAUAGGUUACAUGAAUGGUAAGAGAGCUGCACAUAAUUGAUUUUUUUUUUUUAUGAUUGAUUUUUGUAUUUUUCUGUUUGUUUAUUUAUUAAUAUUUAAUAUCUUAUUUUUUUAUUUCAUUUUGUAUUAUACAUUUUGUAAAU